AAGAAUUAAGACAAAUAAUAGGAAGAAUCAUACACGAAUAUUCGCUAAUCAGUUAAUAAGUGCUGAAACAUUAAAGAUUAUUUUGAGCGAAUGCAGUGUUAAUAACUGGUACGAAUUUGUGAAUUUUUAUUAAUUUACUAAUAAAUUUUUGGCUUUAUAAUAACUAAGUAAAGCAAGUGAAACGAGAAACUGUGAACCAGCAUUGGGUAUUAAACGGAACUAGCGACAACUGUGCUAAACACACAAAAAAAAACUCAAAACAUAAAUUUUUCCAUACUUCUUUUUUUUUUAAAUUUGGUGUGCCCAUUUAGAGGUGUGUCAACGUUGACAGUCUUGUAAAUAUUAUUACAAGGACAGCGUACUGAUUUACUUUGUGCGACCUUGAGUUGAAGUGUUUUGAAUACAAGUAAAUUGCAGCUAUGGCCAAAUUGCUCGUUUUUGCAUUCUGCAUUGUCGUUCCACUUUACGUCCAGGCGCAAGAAGGCGUAAACAAUUACUUGGAUGUGGAGACACCAAAGGUUUUUUAUUUUGCUUCACCACUCCGACAGCCGGAAAGUCUGCGCUCGCCACAAUACUUUGACUUCUUGAGUACACUGUAUCGUCGUGAUGCUACCAAAGCUGAUCUCUUCCGACCGUAUGUGAGACCACGACGUGCUAUUGCCAAUGAUGCACCCCUCUCAGUGCCAUUAGAUGUUUCGUUGUCGCCUGUCACUGCUGUGGCUGCAUCUGGCGCCGCACCACUAGUAGGACGUCCACGUCGUGCCAUCCUCUUCCGACCGCUGUUCGUCUACAAGCAGCAACAGAUUCGUAGAGAGCAGUCAAAUCAUCGUCGUCGCGUAUAAGGCGAUCUGUCAACGGCGUUGGUUAGUAUUUUCGGUAAUCUAAAAAUUAAACUGGGAUCCGCUAGGUGUAAUUUAUAUUUUUGACUACGUUCUGUGUUUAUGUAAUUGUACUUUUUUUAUUGAUAGUGUCUGCGUAUUCUUGCACACUCUUUGCUAAAUUCACUUAUAAUAUAAAUUCUAAGUUUUUAUAUGUAUUUAGAUCUUCAUAUAAUACAUAAUCGCUUUCUGUAUUCAUCUUUGUGUUGCUCAUUUUCUCGUCAUUUAAAGAAAAAUCAAAAUGAAAUACAUACAUAUGUAUCACAUAAGCUCGAAUUUGGUAAUAGAAAAUUUAAAUAUGUAAAUUAAGUUUCUUGAACAAAGUUGAACAUAUGUACCAUAGGUAUAAUUGAGUGUACAUAUAUAUAAAAUUUAUUUAGGCGUAGUCCCUUAUAAUUUAAGUAUGCGUAUAAGUUUUGGAAAUUUAUUUAAGAUGAGUAGAAUUCUCCUAGGUUUAACAGAGUUUAAACGCUGUGAACUGUUAAAAUAUGUGAAAUUAUUAUGUUAAAUUUUUAUUACUAUAUAAUCUCAUUGCACGCCAUUAUAACCAAAUUAUAAAAUUUAACAUAUUUAUGUAUGUAAAUAAAUAAUCAAAUAAAUAUA